AUGAGUUCUCACAUGGAAUUAGCCACAUGCUGGGCCAUCGACGGUGACCCUAGAGUUCCAAACAUUGCAAUCAUGGUCGAUUUCCAGGUGGAGGACGUGUGGUGUAUCACCCGGUGGACUGAGGCUAAAGAUAAAAACUGGGACGACUUGGCAUCCAGGGACAAGAUUUCGCGCGAAACACAGCGAACCAAAUGUGGUGAGCCAGGUCUCGGCGCCAAAUUGAUGCGCAUCCGUUUGCGAUUGGCCUCUCUCCAAACCUGGGAUACGGAGAUUCGAAGGACAGCUCUCAAACUUAAGAGUGCCUUACAAGAAUCCGCUGAGCUUAUCGCACGUCCCGGGAUUCUCUUCGACCCAAAAUACGAAACUGCUGCAUCGCCGGCCAUUAUUUGGUCGACAUCUUGUCGAGUGUGGACAGUUGAUACAGGUUCCUCUCGCCAUACAGAUGAUACAGCAGAGCCUGAUAUCAUAUGUUCCCGCAUCUCCCGGGUAGGACGUAACUGGGCGAUUGACAGAAAUCAGCUUGAGGCGGUUUUAGGCCUUUGGUUUUGGACGCUCAAGUCACAGCGACAAGGAUGUGGACCAAGAACGAGCUUCGAAAAAGUGAUUUCAAGCCCACAAGCUCUCCGCCGGAAGUAUGACCAGAGCGCUAGAAAAGGCGACAACCAGUUCGGCAACACCUGA